UGUCGGCAAGCCGAAGAUGACGCGUCAACAUUUAUUACUAGUUGAUACUUGAUAUAGUUCAACGAGCCAGCAAACUCUACAAUCUUCACCAACCCAUUCUCUGUCUCUUCAACACACUCUCUGUGACUCGCAUUCAUCCAACUCUCUCUAGCUAUGUCAACAUCCGAGAACAAAGUGGAAAUCAUCGACAGAGGCCACCACAAGGAAGAGGAAGAAAAAGAAGAAGAAGGCAAAGGAGGCUUCCUCGACAAGGUCAAAGACUUCAUCCACGACAUCGGCGAGAAGAUCGAAGAAACCAUCGGCUUCGGCAAACCAACCGCCGACGUCUCCGCCAUCCACAUCCCCAAGAUCAACCUCGAGAGAGCCGACAUCGUCGUCGACGUCCUCGUCAAGAACCCCAACCCCGUCCCCAUCCCCUUGAUCGACAUCGACUACUUAGUCGAGAGCGACGGUAGGAAACUCGUCUCUGGCCUCAUCCCCGACGCAGGUACCAUCAAGGCCCACGGGGAAGAGACCGUCAAGAUCCCCCUGACUCUCAUCUACGACGACAUCAAGAGCACUUACAACGACAUCAACCCCGGGAUGAUCAUUCCUUACAGGAUCAAAGUCGAUCUCAUCGUCGACGUGCCUGUCUUCGGGAGGCUGACGUUGCCCUUGGAGAAGCGCGGGGAGAUUCCGAUACCUAAGAAGCCUGAUGUAGACAUCGAGAAGAUCAAGUUCCAGAAGUUUUCCUUGGAGGAGACGGUUGCGAUUCUCCACGUGAGGCUUGAGAACAUGAAUGACUUUGACUUGGGGCUUAACGACUUGGACUGUGAGGUUUGGUUGAGUGAUGUGAGUAUUGGGAAAGCUGAGAUAGCGGAUUCUAUUAAGCUUGAUAAGAACGGGAGCGGGUUGGUUAACGUGCCCAUCACGUUUAGGCCCAAGGACUUUGGAUCUGCGCUUUGGGAUAUGAUACGUGGUAAAGGGACGGGGUAUACUAUUAAAGGGAAUGUGGAUGUUGAUACUCCGUUUGGUGCUAUGAAGCUUCCUAUUGUUAAGGAAGGUGGUGAGACUCGUUUGAAGAAGGAAGAUGAUGAUGAUGACGAUGACGAAUGAGGAGUAAAGGAAAAGAGCUCAAGAGAUUGAGUGUGUGUUGAGUACUGAAUCUCUCAUCUUUAAGAAUAAUGUUUUUAAGUUAAACUGAGGACUUGUUUGGUGUGUGCUUUUGAUGACUGAUGGAUCAGACUUGACUUUUCACUAGUGCUGUUUGUUUGGAUCUCCCUA